GUUUUUUGUAGGGUUAUGUUGUUGUUUAAUGUUUAUUGUUUUACUUGUGAUGUUUAUAACUAUUUACUAUUAUUUUGUUAGAUGACCUACCUGCGAAUCCAAAACACAAUCCAAAAAGGAUAGAAGUGAAAUUUUCACAAUGUCAUUAUUAUUUUUAGAAGAGGAUCCUUGGUUAUUGGAAUAUGAAUCAUGUGAGAAAUUAUAUAGGGAUAUCAUGGAACAGCUCACAAUACGUCAGAAAUAUUCAAGAACUAGUGAUAAAUAUGCUCAGUUAUCUGCCAACAUUAGAUUACGCCUGAAACAAUUCAACAAUGAAGUAGACCAGCUAAAUAAAAAGUUAGAUGUAUCAGCCAAGUCUGGAAAUAUAACACCUGCAGAAACAGAGAGAAGGACAAGACAACUGGAGCAACUGCGGACCAAGGAAGUACAAGUGCAAAAGGUUUUCCAUGAUCAAGUUGUUGAUAAAAUGAAAGAAGAUCGUAGGGACCUUAUUGGUGCAAGCAGCUCAUAUCUAGAUGUUAAUACAAAUGCUUCCAUAGAUGAAUUGAAAGCCAGCCAGAAAAAAAUCAUCAAAGAGCAAAAUGAAGGCCUUGAAAAUUUAUCACAAAUAAUUUUGAGGCAAAAGGACAUAGCACAUACUAUCUCCACUGAAGUGGAUUUCCACAAUGAGAUUUUAGAUGACCUUGGGACGAAUAUGGAGAGAACUGACCAGUCAGUGAGGGCUCAAACUCAGUAUAUCGGUGUUGUGGACAGAAAAGAUAAUACCUGUAUUUAUUGGGUAAUAAUUAUACUAUUGUUCGUUUGUAUAGUGGUAGUGGCUUGUUUAUAGCAUCAACUUGACUUUAUAUUUUCAAUUCCUAAUCUAAGUUGUAUAUUCACUGAUUCGAUUUUAACGUAAUUAUUAUAUUAUAUUGAAUUAUAUGGUCAUUCAUUUUUUUUCAAAUAUUCCAUACCAAAUCAUAUUGAAUACCUUCUACCUUGAAUA